AUGGAGGUGAAGGACACUACACCUCAAUAUGGCAACUCUCACCAAGACUUACCUCUGAGCAUGUCUCAGCGGCAUGGUCUUGACGAGGUAGUGAGGGUGUCUCAGCAGCAUGGUCUUGACGAGACAGUGAGAGUGUCCCAGCAGCAUGGUCUUGACGAGACAGUGAGAGUGUCCCAGCAGCAUGGUCUUGACGAGACAGUGAGGGUGUCUCAGCAGCAUGGUCUUGACGAGACAGUGAGAGUGUCUCAGCAGCAUGGUCUUGACGAUGUAGUGAGGGUGUCUCAGCAGCAAGGUCUUGACGAGACAGUGAGGGUGUCCCAGCAGCAUGGUCUUGACGAGACAGUGAGGGUGUCCCAGCAGCAAGGUCUUGACGAGACAGUGAGGGUGUCCCAGCAGCAUGGUCUUGACGAGACAGUGAGAGUGUCCCAGCAGCAUGGUCUUGACGAGACAGUGAGGGUGUCUCAGCAGCAUGGUCUUGACGAGACAGUGAGAGUGUCUCAGCAGCAUGGUCUUGACGAUGUAGUGAGGGUGUCUCAGCAGCAAGGUCUUGACGAGACAGUGAGGGUGUCCCAGCAGCAAGGUCUUGACGAGACAGUGAGGGUGUCCCAGCAGCAUGGUCUUGACGAGACAGUGAGGGUGUCCCAGCAGCAAGGUCUUGACGAGACAGUGAGGGUGUCCCAGCAGCAUGGUCUUGACGAGACAGAGAUUUGGUCUCUUCCUAGCAUUUAG